AUGACAAUGAAAAAUCAAACCACAGUGACUGAAUUUAUUCUCCUGGGACUUUCCAGUGACCCACAGAUGCAGAUUUUGCUCUUCUUCGUGUUUUUAGUUAUUUAUCUAAUCACUCUGGGUAGUAACAUAGUGAUCAUGGCGGUGAUAAGAGCUGAUUCUCACCUUCACACCCCUAUGUACUUCUUCCUCUUCCAUUUAUCCUUUGUUGAUAUCUGCAAUUCCUCAAUCAUGGUGCCUAAAAUGCUGAUGAACUUCCUAGCAGAGCACAAAACUAUUUCUGUCAAUGGCUGCAUUGCCCAGAUAUUCCUUUUUAUCCUCUCGGGUGGUAAUGAAGCUUUCAUUCUCUCAGCCAUGGCUUAUGACCGCUAUGCUGCAAUCUGUGACCCAUUGCAUUAUAUGCAGACAAUGAGCAAAGGAAUCUGUGUUCAGCUGGUGACUGGUGCAUGGAUUACGAGCUUCUUCUAUGCCCUUCUUAACACCGUUUUUGCCCUCAAGUUGCAUUUCUGUGGGCCAAAUCAAAUCAGCCAUUUCAGCUGUGAGCUCCCUCCUCUGUUACAGCUGUCCUGCACUGACACCCUCACCAAUCAAGUGGUCCUUCACACUUCUGCUUUGGUAUUUGGUUUGAGCUCCUUCCUCCUCAUCCUAAUCUCCUACAUUCACAUCAUCUCCACCAUCCUGAAGAUACGCUCUGCAGUGGGCAGGCGUAAAGCCUUCUCCACCUGCAGCUCCCACCUGAUUGUGGUUGGCUUGUUGUACGUGACAGGUUUUCUCCAGUACACAAAACCCAGCUCAGUCUCCUCUGUGGUUCUGGAUGAAAUAUUAUCCAUCCAGUACAGCAUCUUGACCCCUAUGUUAAACCCCAUCGUCUACACCCUGAAAAACAAGGAGAUGAAAACAGCUCUAAGGAAUAUAUUGGGGAAAUUCUGGUUUCUCAAUUAA